GCUGAAGGCAUGAGAUAGAGGAGCAUUUCCGGGCUUCCGCUGCUGCUUCUGUCAGACAUUAUUAUGAAAGCAUCAGACUGAGAGCAAACAGCAGCUCAGAGACCUCAGAAGCCGUCCAGGAUGAGCAUGCGAACUAUCUUGAUCUCCUCAGCGGCCAUGGCUGCCAUGGGACUGGGCUACGGCAUGUGGUCCGUCAUUUCCCCGGGAGAAGAGAGGAGGAAAGAGAUGCUGAAGAACCUCCCCGAAUCGAACCCUGUGAGAAUGGAAGAGACGAGGCAGAGGAACGCCAUGGUGAUGCAAGCUUUGAAGGACGCCGCAGAAACCAGCGAGAACCUAGCAAGAGGGCUGGGUCCCGGGAAGUAGACCAGGGUCGCUCUGUCUGGCGAUCACAUAAACAUGGACACUGGGGGGGGGCUUGGGAACUGUUGUCUGAUAUGCAGUCCUGUACUUUGGAUUAAAACGUUUUAAAGAGAA